CGCUCGGCAUUUCCCGAGGAGCCGGAACGCGGCCGGAGCCAGCGCCACCGUCCGGUCCGCCCGUCACUGGCACAGCCACGCCGCGGCCGAGCGUUCCGUGCGCGGCGCUCCGAGGAUCCAGAAUGGGGCUUCGGGCGCUGGGCGCGCUCCGGACGCGGCGCACGUAAGAGCCGAGGAGCGCCAGGAGCCGCCCCGCUGCCCGGAGCCCCGUCGCCUAGGACUGGGAGAUGUGGGGAAUACCGCCGCCUGUUCCCCGAGGAGCCGCCGCCCCCGGGAUCCCCGGGUACGGUGCGCGCCCCGGCCAGCAGCGCCCGGAGAAGGCGGCGCGCCCUACGCCUGACCCGCGCGCCCCGGACAGCGCCGCGCAAGCCCUCUAGGCGACCGCAGGGCCACAGCAGCUCCGCCGCAGGUGCCCCUCGGAAACCAUGACCCCCGGCGCGGGCCCAUGGAGCCAUGGCCUAUAGGGUCCUGGGCCGCGCUGGGCCACCUCAGCCGCGGAGGGCGCGCAGGCUGCUCUUCGCCUUCACGCUGUCGCUGUCCUGCACUUACCUGUGCUACAGCUUCCUGUGCUGCUGCGACGUCCUGGGCCGGAGCCGCCUCCUCGGCGCGCCUCGCUGCCUCCGCGGCCCCAGCGCGGGCGGCCAGAAACUUCUCCCGAAGUCCCGCCCUUGCGAUCCCCCCGGGCCGACGCCCAGCGAGCCGAGCGCUCCCAGCGCGCCGGCCGCCGCCGCCGUGCCCGCCCCUCGCCUCUCGAGUUCCAACCACUCUGGGUCGCCGAAGCUCGGCACCAAGCGGCUGCCCCAAGCCCUUAUCGUGGGCGUGAAGAAGGGGGGCACCCGGGCCGUGCUGGAGUUUAUCCGCGUGCACCCGGACGUGCGGGCCUUGGGCACGGAGCCCCACUUCUUCGACAGGAACUACGGCCGCGGGCUGGACUGGUACAGGAGCCUCAUGCCCAGGACCCUGGACACCCAGAUCACCCUGGAGAAGACCCCCAGCUAUUUCGUCACUCAAGAGGCCCCCCGCCGCAUCUUCAACAUGUCGCGGGACACCAAGCUCAUCGUGGUGGUGCGGAACCCCGUGACCCGCGCCAUCUCCGACUACACCCAGACGCUGUCCAAGAAGCCGGACAUCCCUACCUUCGAGGGCCUCUCCUUCCGCAACCGCACGCUGGGGCUGGUGGACGUGUCGUGGAACGCCAUCCGCAUCGGCAUGUACGCGCUGCACCUGCAGAGCUGGCUGCAGUACUUCCCGCUGGCUCAGAUCCACUUCGUCAGCGGCGAGCGGCUCAUCACUGACCCGGCCGGCGAGAUGGGGCGCGUCCAGGACUUCCUGGGCAUUAAGAGGUUCAUCACGGACAAGCACUUCUACUUCAAUAAGACCAAAGGAUUCCCUUGCCUGAAAAAAACCGAGUCCAGCCUGCUGCCCCGUUGCCUGGGCAAAUCGAAAGGGCGAGCUCACGUUCAGAUCGAUCCUGAAGUGAUAGAGCAGCUCCGGGAAUUUUAUAGACCUUAUAAUAUUAAAUUUUAUGAGACAGUCGGGCAGGACUUCAGGUGGGAGUGAGCCACCAGGAUGCCCCGGCUCCCAGGCUCAUCUCUUCUGGGAGAUUGGCUCUCGGAGCCUGUGAUCCUUGUCCCCAGCCAACCCAGGCUCCAGCCCCCUCUCCCACCUUGAGUUCCAUCCUCUUGGAACUGGGAAGCCAGUAACGGCCAAGAGACCAGGGGGGAGGUCCCUGCCACGAGCUCUCAUCAGUCUGUCCAGGCAAACCUGGUCUGCUCCCGGCCUGACCUGUCGCCUCCAGAAUCCUACUCCCUUCUGCCCCCUACCAGGCCUUGGGGAGUUGCUUUAAGAAGAGUGACAGGUGUUCUCAGUGGUGAUUGUUCUGUUGCCGUGCACAUAGCAGUCUGUCCCUGUCCCUGUCCACCCAGGAGUGGGGUUGUCGA